AGGGCGCAUGAUGAGAAAAGUACAUGCCCGUGCACUGCUUGCAAUGUCCAAUAUCACAGUUAUCAUGUCGGCUACAGCAGAGAAGUGCCGUUGUAACGCUGCAUGUGCCUCUCCUGAAUCGCUCUCAGCUCAUCUGCUGGUGGCGAACUGCAGGUGAGGAGAAACUUUAGCGCGCUUCCGUUUGACCGCUCGUCGCGCGCUGGAGGUAAAGAUGCUUAUGCGCGCCGCAAAUGACGCCGGUUCUUCUCACGCCUGCGGAACGUCAUACGAAACCAACGAAUUUAAAGAAAAAGGGGCGAUAUAAAGGCAGUCCGGUCAGUGGUCUCUCCACCUUCGAGGUGUGGUCUCUUUUCAGAAGUGUUCAAAACUAGGCGGCGCGCGAUGCUGAGCGCGAGAAGGUAUUCAGCAGAGAAGCGCGUGAGACUGGCCUGGUCUACCAGGCACGAGCGGUUCAGCGCACCGCUCUCUUCAAGCAAGAGCGACAUCCACAUCCACCUGCCGUCUGUGUGUCAAGUGAAGUCAGCGUAAGAUCAGUGCUGAAAAUGGGUGCUGUAAAGGGUGAAGGUGCUUUAGAUGGUGGAUGGGGAUGGAUGAUAGUGGUGGCCUCUUUCAUGGCCCAGUUCCUGUCCUUUGGAUCCCCCCAGUCAGUCGGUGUUUUGUACCCCGAGUGGCUCAGUGCCUUCCAAGCGGGAAAAGGCAUGACGGCUUGGGUCGGAUCCAUGGUGUCUGGUGUGGCGCUCAUCACCAGUCCAGUGUGCAGUGCUUGUGUGGAUAAUUUUGGUGCACGUCCUGUAACCGUCUUCAGCGGUGUGAUGGUGGCUGGAGGUCUGAUGCUGAGUGCUUUUGCCCCAAGCGUCUCUUUCCUCAUCUUCUCCUAUGGCAUUGUUGUCGGCAUUGGCUGCGGACUUGUCUAUGCUGCCACACUGACCAUAACCUGCCAGUACUUUGACAAGAGGCGUGGCCUAGCACUGGGCAUUGUCACCACAGGUACAAGUGUGGGCGGGUUCACUUAUGCCACACUCCAGAAUGAGCUCAUUGAGUUGUUUGGAUUGGAGGGCUGCCUGCUUAUCAUUGGAGCGCUGGCGCUCAACUUGAUGGCAUGUGCUGGGCCAAUGCGACCUUUGAACUUACCUGGCUACUACCUAAAACAGAGAGCUGCUCUACAACGUACAGAGGAACCAGAAGCACUCUACACCAAACCUACUGCCAUUAUCAUUGACUCUGAUCUCAAAACCACACCUAGCUUGGCCGGUAACACAGCCACCAUUAAGCUUUUGAUCCCCAAGGAACCCACCGAGCUGCAAGAGAGUGAAGGGGAAAGAAAAGGUGGUAUAUUUUCCUGUUCAACAGUAACACGAGCCAUCAAAAAGCGAAUGCAUCCCUAUGGACGUUACCUGUGCGAGACUGUGGAGCUCCUACAAGACCGUGUCUUCAUGGCUUUCUGCAUCGCCAUAUUCCUGUUCAGCUUAGGGGCGUUCCCACCUGUGCUCUUCAUGGAGGAUGUAGCCCAGAGCGAGGGGCUUAUCGACGGGAUUGCACUAAUACCCCUUGUCUCCAUCGUUGCAAUGACAACAGGCAUCGGUAAGCUGGUCCUGGGAGUCCUGGCAGACAUGCAAUGGGUGAACAGCUUGUACCUGUAUGCCCUGACGCUGACAUGCACAGGAGCGGCUCUGCUUCUUAUUCCAGUAUCUAAAAGCUACAUAGGUCUGCAAGCUCUAUCGGCUGUGGUUGGAUUUUUCUCAGGGAACUGGUCUCUCACAUCCUACAUCACUACCAAGAUCGUGGGCCUUGAACGACUCAGUCAGGCUCAUGGCAUUCUAAUGUGCUUCGGGGGGUUUGGAAUCACUCUCGGGCCACCUGUUGUAGGUUGGUUCUUUGACUGGACUCAGUCAUAUGACUUGGCAUUCUACUUCAGCGGCACUUGUGUUUUAGUGUCUGGUUUGUUUCUGUUCGUGGCCACUCUGCCUUGCUGGAACAGGACGUCAGAGGAGGGAAAUUCUCCUGCAAAAGAGGAUGUCAGCACUUCUCAAAAGCCCACUUUUGAUUGUGACAAAGUAGCCUCUGUGGCUUGAACAAUAUCUUGAAGGUCUUUAGCUGACCUUGGCCGUAACAAUCUGGUGGAACUUUUCUUACUGUUUUCUUACCUGGUACGGUUUUGCCAGGGGACUUCUUUCUCGUGGUGCCAAACUUUUUUUUUUUGUUUAAUGCAAAAAGGUUUUAUAAAUGCCCCAUGAAACUUGUCAUUUUUGAGAGGGCGUAUUCAUUUUUCUUAGAUGCUUAUAAAGUCUGUCUCAUUUUUGAGGCUUAUAUAGUGGUUUGCUAAUAGUAUAUUCAGUAGAUUGUUUACUGGACACAGAAGCUGUUUUUUGAUCACUUGAAUUGAAACUUUACUUUCUUAGAUGAAUGGUCUCGCUGUGUUGCACGUGGAUAUCACCAACCUGUGAACAUACAUUUCCAUUAAUGAGAACAUUUCUGACUGAAAGCUUCAGAGAAUUAUAUAAUUUGUGAAUUGGGUUUUUUUCCACUUCACUUACCAUGAAAAGCAUAUAAAAAAUCCAAAUCCAAAGAUUUCUUUUCUUAGAUCUGGGGUAACAAGGACUUGGAAUUGCACUUCGAUAGUAACUGCACAUUACCUUUCUAUUUGUGUCACUUUUGUCAGUUUUGCAACAGUUUCCUGUGCAUUGUCUGCUUUUAUUGUCUGUAAUACCAAAGUGACAACAAAUUUCAUUGAAGUGGCAGAAAGAGGUCUAGCUUUAGCCACAUUUCAAGACAUACCUCAGCAUGUUCUGCAUCUCUAACUAUAAGAAUAUGCUGAUGAAAAACAGUAAAAACAAAACAAAAAAAAAAUACAGAAAGAAUUUGAUUCUGUCACAUGCAAUGCAUUCAUAUGUGUGUGCCUGAUAACACAGUCAUCCUCCACAGUUUUUCAACAGGCUGGUCCCUGAUAACACUGUAUCUUUUAUUACUGUAUAUGUGAAUUGCCAGUGUCAUUUUUGUUCAGUGUAUGUUGUAGAAUUGUAUUAUGUAUAAAUGAAUGUUAAGAAAAGCCACUACACUUUUGACCAAAGACUGGCUUUGUGUCAAGUAAACAUUUUGUCAGGGUGCAAAAAUAAUUCUAUAAAAACUGUAACACUGUUCCCUUAUAUGAUGUAUCUGUCUUGUUCUUUUAUUGCAGUGAGAUUGUUUUAUACAGUACUAUGUUAAUUUUUAAGUGACAAUAAAAAGAUUUCUUUCAAA